GGAAGGUGGAAGGGAAUUUUGUUUUUCUAAAUUUUGUUAUUUAUAUGAAAAAUAUUCUUUAGACUUAAUUUUAAAUAGAAUAUGCAAUAUUUCAUAUUAUUUUUAAUUAGGAUCGAAAUCUAAAAAGUACCAAAACAAUAAAUAAUACAUUAUGGGUGUCUUCGGUAUGUUUUUUUACACGAAAAUAAAGGGACUUAAUUACAAGAAAAGUUCGAAACAAAUAGUUAACGAUGAAGAAACGGAAAACCAGGAAAAACAAGGAUCAGAAGAACCACUUGCAAAGAAACCCAAAGUAUUUUCUAUAAAGCAGUUUAGAAAACAGUUAAACUCCCCUGAUAAGCUUGCAGCUCUUAAAGAAUUCUCAAAUUUAUUAUCAUCCUCUACUUCAUCUCGGCAUGAUUGUGUCCAGGAAUAUUUAAAAAAUGGUGGUACUUGCCUAGAACUGCUUCAAAUUCUCGAGAAUGACUCAACAGUGCCCCCAACGAUUGUUUUUAGCGCAGUCACUAGCAUUCUUUUGGAAAUUAGUGCAAAACUUCAACAGUAUCAUAGCUCUGCUUAUGAAUCAUGCAGAUAUUUGAUAAAUAAUUAUUUGCCUGUUAUACAUAAGAUGAUUGGUCUUAGUUCUUCUAAGGAUGAAAGAAAGGCAUGUAUAAAACUUUUGACUGCAAUGGUUACAUUUUCAUCAAGUCUCGCUAAAGACAUAAUAAUGAAUGUAAAAUUUCACACCUCGCAUGUAGAACUACUUUCUAAACAUACCAGAGAGAAAAACAGUGUCAGAGACUGUUUCAUACAUUUUUUGACUGCCUUUUUGGUUGAUAGUGACUUGCAUACUUUAUCAAUUUUACUUGAAAAAAGUGGUCUUCUAACGAGCAUAGUGUCAGGUUUACAAUAUGAUGAUGCUGAUACAGUUGUAAUAGUUAUAACAGCAAUGAAAAACCAUAUUCUGGAAAAUGCAUCUGUGAUGAAAACUACUAAAAUGCAUGUGUUUAAUACUGGAGUAGUCAAGGAUAUUGUAAAUUUAUAUAAUUGGAAAGGUCCUGAUGGUCUUAAAGCUUUAGAAAAGAAUAAUAAAACAGUGUUUGAGGUUGAUAAACUUUCAAAAUCCAAAGUAAGUGAGUGUGUACAUGACUUUUUACUAGUCUUAUGCACCUCUCACAAAUAUGGUGUAAUUUUCCGGGAUCCUUUAGUUGGUUUAGGCAGAAAGAAUCUGAAUGGCUUAAUGUAUACUGUUUUGGAUAGCUUGGAUAGACCAUGGGAACAUUCCUAUGCCAAGGAGUUAGUAAUAAAGAUUUGCAGAUCUUGUCCAGACUUAACAAAAAAUAUGUGGUCUAUAGUAAAACCUUAUCUGGAACCACGAAACACUGAAAAAUGGCUUAAAGCAUUAGAGUUUUCUAAAAGCUUGGUCCAGGAAAUGAAUCCAGUAUGCAUAGAACAUUGUGCUAAAGAACUCAGUCCGAAUCAGUUGUCCCAGAUUAUGGAAAUUCUUGUAACUCCCGCACCAAUUUUAAAAACUCUGCUUAUCAAUGAUAAUAGUGAAGUCAAAGUGCAUGUAUUAAGGCUUUUAAGUCAAAUGCUUAAAAAACUACAUGAGUUUAUGAUUUUCUCAAAAGGCUGGACUACAAACUUUGCCAAAAUCAAACAAAAUUUGGCAAACUUUGUUAGUAAAAAUUAUCCCAAUGGACAUGUUUUGCUUGAAGAAUGGAAAAAUAUCUAUUUAAAGUCUGAUCAGGACCAUCAGCAAGAUAAGCAGGCACAUUUGGAAAUAAUUUUGGACAUUUUGGGCUCAUACAAAGACAUAAAUUCACAACUUUUACAUAAUUUAUCCUCUACAGGGCUGGAUUUUAAAGAAUUUAUAUUAAAAUUGACUGAGACCCCAGAAGAGGAACAAGAGGUUUUCGAAAAAUUGCUUAUAAAAACUGUGAGUCUCUUUGUGGAUACUGAUUAUGCACUAUUCUUACCCAAAAGCGAAACAUUUGGAAUAGUGAUGACUUUAUUGUUAAAACAUUAUUAUAACCAGAAAGAUCAGCAAAAUGGAGAAGUUUUGUUUAAAAUGUUGAAAAUCAGUCGGAUAUUUGAUGGUGCUUUAUAUGAAAUCCCUUAUUGGAUCAAUGGAAUUUUUAAUGUUGGGCAUUUUGAUGCCAAUUUAGCUCAAGAUUUAGUCAACAUUAUCAUAGAAACUUCCCAAAAUUUACCGGAUUAUCAAAAAGCUUUACAAAGUUUUUCUGGAGAAUCUGAUAACUUGGAUGGUUUAGACCAAGAAGAUCUUAUACAGGACCUUUUGAGUUUCUCUAGUAAGAAAACUGAUAAUUUUUCAAAGUUAAAAGCUAAAAAUUGUUCUGUAAUGGUUCUUGGGGCAUUAAAAUAUCAUUCCGGUGACAAAAGCUUUAAAAAAUAUUUGGAAUUUGUUUUGUUUAACUUGUAUCAUAGCCAGACUAAUUGUAGCAAACUCAGGUCCUUAAUUGAUAAGAAUUCGGAUGCUGUGCCUAAGAAUAUUUUAAAUUAUGUGAAACCUUGGGAGGAUAAUUAUCCUAACUUUGGAAAAGCCAAACAUUUGCUAAGUGUUUUCAAAGAGAUUGCUGAUAUGUUUUUUAUGCACAAUUUUAAAGUUGACUUGCUAAAACAAGACUUGUAUCCACAUUAUUUGCAAGAUGUUUUAAAUAUGUUAACUUACUAUGUUUACCAGCUUGCAGAUUUAAGGUCUUUAAACCAAAAACAUUUGGAACAUUACAUAGACACCAUAAAAUUUAUCCUAGAGCAUCAGAAAACCGCUUUUACUGGUUUUACUUUAGACAUAAUCCUGGGAAACCAAAAUAUUCUUAAACAUUUUAACGUUUUAAAGCCUAAUUCGAAUCUGCUUACAAAGUUGAUUUUACUAGUGGUCUUGGAGCUUCAAAAAGGCGGAAUUGACGUUAAAAGCUACUUGCCCUAUUAUGGCAACAAAAUAUUUGGUGAUAUUAGCAAACUAUUGAGGAAGUUAAGCAAGUUUAGUGAGGAGUUGGAUUUUAAGGAGUAUUUACUAACAUUUCCUUUAAGCUACGAUCAGACUCAGACAGUUCUUUCUGAAGCUACAAAUUUAUUAAAUUGUGGAAGCCAUUCAUUGCUAGUGCAAAGUUUGGUAACAUAUGGCUUAGAAAGAUCUUUAGUUUUAAGUCCAGACCUGAAACCAAUUGACAACGAUCUUAUAAAACAGAUCUCAAAGUUUUUAGCCCACGAAGUUAAUAACAGCGAGAUGGCAAAGGCCCUAAGACAAUACCUUGAAUGUUUUCCUUGCAGCAUAAAAGCUGUUAAAACUGACCUAUUUACUUCCCUUCUAAAUAUGCCUGAAUAUAAUAAGGACUGCACUGACUUAGCACUUUUACUUCUGGAAAGAAACCUCGCACUUACAAAACAAAUUGAUCCUGCUAUAUGCGAUAAGAAGGGCCUAGUGUUACCUGUAGUAGAACUUUUGCUGAAAACUGAUGCUCCAAAUGAAAUUUUACAAAAACUUUAUGAUGGCUUAGAGAGUUCGUUACUGAAGGCUUUACAGAAGCCUCAGAAAGUGGGCCAACACUUUCAAAAAUGUUACAAAAUAUCCGGCUUAAUAGAAAAAUUCAUGUCCAAAGAAAAAUGCCUAGAACUGGCGAAUAAAGUGCAAAAAUUUGAAGUGACCGAGGUGUUCCACGUGGAGUUGCUUCAAGCCUGUUUUAGUAAAGUACUUUCGGAACCAACUAGCGAAAAACACAUAGGAAAUAUUAUAAUGACGUUUAUUCACUUGGAAAUUGGUUUAUUUAAAAAGAAACUGGACUCAGAGGCGGAUAAGGAUAAAGUAGAUAAAGUCUCACAAAUAUUCUGCCAAGUUUUAGAACAAAUUACCAACCUACAGCACCCAGUUACUCUUACUAUUAGUGAAAGCUACAAGAGUUUUUGUAAGUUUGCCCUUAAAUAUGGCGUUUCUGGACAGCACAUUUUAUUAAAAACUCUUAAAAAACUGAUAAACGUUUCGAAAAAUUCCCUUUCAAAAGACGACGCCAGUGUUUUAAUGGAAAUGUUACUCUCUCAUUCAGAAUUUUUAAAUCUGGUGCUUGGGGAACAUUCUGAUACAAAGUAUGCAAUUUUAUCGAUAAUGUUGAUAAUUAGUGAAAACUGGGGCGAACUGGUAGAGAAAAGCCACGUGGCAGUCGUUCUUUCCGCUUAUAGAGGCUUAGUUACCAGAUGCGACAGGGUUAUACUGGAUUUAUUGAAGAUUUACGAAUCGAAGCCAGACAGGACGAGUUUUUACGAUUUCAAGCCGUUUUUAUGGGGCAGAGCCGCCGCUACCCAUUAUUCCGUCAGAAGUCAACUUGCCAGCUCUUUAACGCGCCAACCCAAGAUAUCUGACGUUUUAGGUAUCCUUAAAGAACAUCUAAUACACUCAACUAUACUAAAUCACCCAUUAACUGAGGACCUGCAGCCAAACAAAGACGAAACCUCACAAGACCUGGAGUGCUACGAUUUAAAGUUUUUCCUGCCGCUUUUCAGUCACAUUUUGGCUCCGGAGCAGCAAGUGAAAACUUACGUGUUUAUCAGGAGUGGAGGUUUAAGUUUAACAGUGCUGGGUUUGGCCUGUCAAAGUAAAGAAAUUCGUCAAGCAGCUUGUCACGUGUUAUCUAGGCUACAUUUCCAUUUGGAGGCCAGGCAAACGGGAAAAGAUAACUUGUUGUGGAUUAGGUUUGUCGAGGCGUUAUGCAAAGGUGUCGCAGUAUUGCCAGACUUCAAACUCAACAACUUCUCAGGGAUAUUCUUCGCCAGGAUGGCCACGAUCCUCACCAAUCCGAAGCACAUAAUGUACACCGCUUUGUCGUCUUAUUUGACGGCGAAACAAAAUCUGGACUUAAGCACUUGUCCUGAACUAUAUACUUUAUUGUUCAGUCCCGACGUGAAUCAUAAGGAGCAUAGAAACUUCAUUUUGGAAGUUUUAAGAGACGGAAUGAAAGGGGAAAAGGAUUUCUUGGAUCUGUUAAAAUCUAUGGGUUAUAAAAUGUUCUCGGAACUGUUGAAUAGUUGUUUGUGUGAUUCGGAGGGUAGAUUAUUGAUAUUUGAAGUGUUAAAGAAAAUAUGUUUAUUGCCCUUGGGGGUGAAGAUUUUAACGGAAAAUUACUCGUUUUUGUGUCAAAUUGAGCACUUAACCCAGAGCGAGUCAAAUAACCACGUUUUAGGUCAUAUUUUAUCCAUUUAUUUUCAUAUAUUAAUUGUUAGAACUGAUACAUACAGCAAUAGGACCAUUUUUGAUAUUGUUGAAACCGUUUUUGAUUCAUGUAUAUUCAGUCAGUUGAAAGACAAACAUGUUGAGGAUAUUUUUAGAAUUUUUUACACCAUUUAUCAAAAUGACUCCAGUAUAAUUUUAGAUAAGGAGGCAUUUGUAAGUAAACUUACAAGUAAGGUUAACGAUCGGUUUUGUAAUUAUUUAAGGCAAUAUGGAUGUGCUUUUAUUAAUGAAAAUAGUAAGGAAAUUAAUGUAAGUGAUAGUUAUCGUUACUUAAGGUUACUAAUAUUUAAUAUACUAAAAUAGACUUUUUUAAAGUACAGUUUUAAAAAUUGUUAAUGGUUAUAUUAGAUUUAAAUAAAACAUUGUCACAUAA